AUGGGUAUCUUGAGAACUGUUUUGAAUACGGCGGUACUGGGUGGUGCAGGAAGCGCGGCUGGUUUCGCGUUCUGGACUCGCAAUUCUAAGUUCAUUCCUGUGUCGUCGGCCGAGCCUAUUUUCUCCUCGCCUUCGUACCUGCGAAACAACCCGAAUAAAAACCCAAUCACACACGAUCUCUGUGUAAGAAAGGUACCUUUAUCGAAGAUAAGAGCAGAUCUCUUGGAGAACGAGCAGAAGCUUACCGAGGCUUUUUGUGCUGGUGUUUGGAGUGGUUUGGGUUACGCGUACCAACGACGCUUCCUCGAAAAGAAAUACAAGAACACUACUACAACUGCACAUCAGCUUUGGACCCGAGAACAGCUGCGAGCAUCCACCUACGACGUCGGUACCCAGAUUACCGAUCAUUUCGAAGUCGUCUCCAAAGCCCCAUCCUCAAUCGUCGUUCGCUGCGGUGAUUCCCCUUUGAAAUCCGAAGUUCGAGCGUCCGAUGGACUCUUCGAAAUCGGUGUGAAAAUCAAAAAAGAGGAAGGGGUUGCGGAGUUCAGGUUGCAGAGUUUGUUCUAUCAAGGACUCGGCAAAGCUGAGGGCAAACCCAUGCCGAGUCAUAUUGAGUUCUUGCAUCGAUUGUAUACAAAGUUGUGGAUGGAGACUGCCAUUGGAAAUGUCACUGGCAAAGGGGCUUAG